AUGAUGUCUACUGGGCUGGAGAAAGUGGAUACCAUAGACGAUCCAGCAAAAGCUUGCGAAUUAAUUCAAUCUUUCGGUCUUUCAACGAAAGGCAUGAAUUCACUCGAUGAGAUGAAGAAAAAACUUCGUGAACAUUUAAAAGGGUUGGAAGGGACUUCGUCGCGAAAGAUUGGAGAGGUAUGUGAUCACAGUGACACUUUUUUAGUUCAGACAUCACAGAUAUUUGUGCAGAAUAUGGUAAAUUAUCCGACUAUAUGUAAAUCUAGGCUGUUGGAGUAAACAAUGUUUCGCUUGUUAUGCUGCUUUAAAGCAAAUUUAUCCAUUUUUAUUCGUGCGUAAUAUUAAGAACGGUUUAAGAUCAUAAUGAUGUAAAAUUCAAACGAAAUAUCAACACUGAACACAACUCACGGAAGUCUAAACGGACAAUCGUAGAUUCUGCAUGGAAUCAUUACGAUCAUUGACCAAUAAAUAUGUGCAGUCAACCCGUAAAUACCAAAAUGGCUGCUUAUUGAACGACUGGGGGGGCAUCAUCCACCCGAACAUCAAAGCACCUAUGCUUAAGUAUCAUUUUUCGAAAUUCUAUUUAGCCUUGUACUCCUUUAAGUCUUUGUGAACUGUUAGAUAGCGAGAUAAAUUCACAAAACAUUACCAUGAAAUACGUGAUCAAGAAUACGGUAACGCAGGAAUGUAUCGAUGUACCGCUAUACCCAGUGCUUGUUUCGUUUGGCUCUCCCAGACUGUAGAUCGAUAGCUUUAUUUUCAUUUUUAUUCAACAGUUAAGACCUAUUGGCUCGUAGCAACAGUGACGAUUUCAGUCCUUUUUUAAAGCUCUGAGGUCUUCGUAUCCUCGGAAAGAAUAUUCAUACAACUGCAAAAUUACCUGAUCGAAAAGGGCAUCCCCUCUCCUCAUAAGAGUUUUGUCCAUAAAUAAGAAUUUUUUUCAAACUUAUCAUUGUGGAUUGAGAACGUGGUCGGAGUAAUAUUUACGUGUUCCAUGGAAUAUUUAGAAGAACUGCUUGGGGGUCAAGGGGGACUGGUGCUUACUCGCAGAGAGGUAGCUCGGCUAAUCCAAAGCACAAAAAGAGUGACUUCUGUUUAAAGCAUUAAACAACAGCUAAGUAUUUGCAAUGGGUUUCUCUAUAAAAAAAGAAAAAAACCUCAUCAAACAUGCCGCAUUUAGCGCUGAUUUACAAUAUUGAAGCUCUCGAGGUGUUCAAAAUUAGCAGUGUUAUUAGUCGUGAACUCAGGCGGCUUCCUAUGGGAAAAACAGUUUAGCAACGUUAUCUAUAUUCACUUGGAUCAUAUUUAUUUAGUGCUAACUACCUUCAACAAUUUUGAUUGAGAUCUUUUUACUUGCAGACACAUGAAGUUAUCUCCGAUGCUGGUAAAUCGGACGCUGACAAACGCAGAAAGUUACUCGAUCUUUACAAAAGAACUGAGCAGUUCAUGGAUCAGUUUGAGGAGGAUUUUUUGGAAAUACUUCAGAAAAGCUUCGAAGACCUGAACAAAUCUUUGCAAGAGAGAAAGAAGAAUGUUGAACCAAGUGAUCAGUAUGUUGUUCUUGUUGCAGGUUUGUUUUGCUGUCAUCAGUUAAAGAGACAUCAGUCUUAUCAUGAUUAUAACUACUUUAUUAACUUAGACUUGGGAUUCAGUCACAAUCGUUGUGGAGGCCACCAGCAUCUUAAUUCACUCUCCUUUGCAUUUCUUUGAUCGUUAAAAGAGAAUAUUAUAUAAUUGUUUAUUCUAAAUUAUUUUAUGUUUCUCUGCAAGAGAGGGCAAUAUCCACAAAUUUCUAGGGUAGUCUGGCUUUUGUUUUGUUUGUUAUCAUGCUCUCGCACUUAGCCACUAAUUUGAUGAGCCAGUUCAAGGUGACUUAAAUCUUGUUCGUAAGUAAUGUUUUUUGAUCUUGCUUUGACGCGUUCCAGGCCUACAUUAUGCCUGGUCAUUGACUUCUAUUUUAUGAUUCCUCUCUUGAUUAGGUGAGACUAGCGCUGGAAAAAGCAGUGUCAUUAAUCUCAUCUUGGGAGAAGACCUUCUUCCCUCUACAACAUUAAGCACCACGUCCACAAUUUGCGAGCUGAAAUACGGAGAAAAGCCGAUGGUUGGUGUACACUACAAGCCUAAUGGAACAAAAACUCCUGAACCAGCUUUUCAAGAAUUGAAUGAUGGAAGUAAAACCUACAAAGAACAAAUAGAGAAGUUUGUGUACGUCAAAGAAGAUCGAGAGAAAACACCUUACGAGAAAAUUGAACUGUUCUUUCCGCACCCUUUGUUUAAGGUACUAACGAAGUUGAUAGAUGAAGCGAAAAAGUUAUGACCAAAUUUCGGUAUAAAAAAAUUCAGGAUCAAAAGUAAACCUCUGCACGUAGCUCUAUGGAAUAAACUAUGAAGUUAGAUAAUGAAGAUUGAAACUGCUGAUUUCUAAAAAAACUUUCGCGGCGUGUGAGGCGAAGAUAAUUUUAGUGAAAAGGACUGGUAAAUGCUUGUUCCAAACUCCAUGGUUUCUUUGGUUUCAAUGCAUUAAGAUAAAGGUACGAGAACCUUGGUAAGUUAAUGGCUUACCAUGACGAAUGGUUGAAAAAAAGAGCUUUUGAGAAACGAUGGUCAUGGUAAUUAAUAUUUCAAUGAAAUCAUCUACAAAAAUAACUCACGGAACUUGUAAAAAGUAAUAGGACAGCGAAUCUCAUUACGGAUUCAUGUUUCAAUUUCAGGAGAAUGUAAUGAUCGUUGACAGCCCUGGUGUAGGAGAAAGCGAUGUCAUGAGUAGUUUUGUUCUCAACUACCUGCCGCGGGCCUUUUGUUUCAUGUACGUUCUCUGUGCGUCGAAUGCUGGAGGAAUUCAGCCCGACAGGGUAAGGACAAGGAUUACUGGGUAUUACAAACCUAGUCAGAACUCUAACAAAAUUCUCGAACGUGAUUGGUUAUCAUCAGCCCGAUUUGAGCAUUAAUAGGACAGUGUACGCGUCAUGCUUGUAAUUGGACAUUGUAAUAGGACAGUUAAAGGGACAGUUAACACGUCAUGCCAGUGUAACUGGACAGAAUAGGGCGCUGGGUUAACUGUUGCUUUUUUUAUGAAAGCAAAUAACCGACGUCUAGUUUCUUCCUCAAAUUCUGUCAUAGUUUUGAUUAAUUGUUAACAAGUCUUCGUGUCGUCCAAUUCUGUCCGUAAUCAUACUCGUUUUUUAUAAAUUCAUAUGAUUACAGAUCGAAAUUGGACUCCACUCGGUCUUAUUAUCAUUAAUAAUUAGUUUAGAGAAGGUUCAUUAAAAGUGGGCUUCACAUCCACAGGAGAAUGACACCUAAGAAUGAAGUACUGUUUUCAUCAUUGCUUUCAGUGAUUCCUUAAAAAUAUAGGUUGUGCUAAAUCUCAGUUUCAGCUUCGAGCAAUGUUUUAAAAUGAAAAAGAGAUGUACACUAGCACGCUAAAGAAAAGAACGAGCUUUUAACACAUUAGCUGCGUGUAAGUUACUUUCCUCAUUAACUUCGCAGGCAUUGUCUUGCCUCGCACGGUAGAAGGGAACGUGUUAACAUCUAGCUCGUAACUUUGCACGAUAUAACACGGUGACCGUGCCAAUUUUAUAGCACGCUUCUUAAAAUUAAAGUUGCUUUCGAUUUGUACAAGAAGUAAGUCCUAAGCUUUAAAGCUUUUUAGCUCACCGUUACGCCCGGCCGAUAUACGAUACACAGUAUUCAGAGCAAGUAAUUCGCCAAACAUAAAGGAAGAUCUCGAGUUGUUGUCCAUUAUUUAAAACUGUCUUUAAGUUUCUUCAUUUUCGAAUUCCACAUUUUCUUAAAACAGCUUGCAAAACACGGGCCGAACGAGCAAAAUCCUCUGCUCUUGAAAUCGUGCAUGAACUUUUGAAGGUAGCAAGCACAAGCUUUUAAAAUAAUAAGAGCGAACCUACAUGAUGCAAAGCAAAUGGCUAAAGGGUAAACUGUGCUCUCACCGUAUCAUCAAAACUGGUAACACAAUUUGCUGAUUGGUUUUUAAUGCCUUGCAAAUACACAUUCUUCUUCACAAAAAUUAUGGGAGGAAGGGGAAGGAUCAGCAUACAUGUACAUGGGAAUAACCCUUUUAUGCAAAAUAUUUGAAGGAUUAUAACCACAAUAGCCUCUCUUAUGCGCUAAAUCAUUUACUUAUGUUUGUACUUGGACAUAAUCUGUUCCUCGAAGCUCACAAUUUUCCUCGAGCUUCGCUCUCGGAAAACUGUUCGCAUCUUGGAACAAAUAAUGUCCGCGGACAAAUAUCCGUGCAUAUUUUUGCACCACAUAGAGGCUAUUGUUUAUAUAGCGUAAACAAAGGUAUUUUCCGAAAUAUCCCAUCAGCAAUUGGCUCUAUAUUUGCGAGCACAGGAUAGCUGAAACAUUUCUCGUCAGACCUUAUUUUCCACGUAUAGGUGUAAGAAGUAACUAACUAAAAGUUGAAUAGAAGUUUGUCAGUUUUCUUAGGUCUUACUUGAUUUUUCUUUUGUCUUUUAAGUUAGGAAAGCUACUCACGAGCGCUCAAAAUCUGAGGAAAAGUGCCAACUUGGAUUUGUCACUAUCAGCUGCCUGUACGCUGUUUGUCUGCAACAAAUGGGAUUUGGUUGAGAACUAUGAACGCGAAGAGGUGAAAAGGGAUACGGUCGGAAAGCUUACAAGAAUACUUGGUAACCUGGAUCCGAAAUCGCAGAUUGUCUAUUUGUAUGUAAAAGCGCGCAGUUAGCUCAGACCUAUGGGUUAGUGACAGAGGAUUUCAGCAACCUAAUAACAGGGAUAAGUAAUCUCGUAGUCUCGUCCAUGAAGAAUAAUCUGCAGAUGAAUACUAGGUAGGUGGACUUCUAAUAAUUCUAAGAUAAUAUCAUAUCGAUUGGUUGGGAGUGUUUUCAUCGUCAAUUUUGAGACUUUGAAGCCCUUUUUUUUCCCACUUGAGUACUCUUCUUUGUCUGCAGAGGUGCAUCCAUUAAGGAUAGAAGGAAAGUAAGGAAAACCACCAUGAUAAUUUUUAGCGUACGGCCCGAUGAAAGAUGCCAUUUUGAAUUCUUUUGAUAACUCAUUUACUUAUGCAAAUAUUCCCGCCUUUGUCCCACACCUUAAUUAAAUGAACAAAAGGUAUAGUGAAAUUACACAACUAUGCGGACAAAAUCUUGUAAGAGGAGUAGGGGAUUGUCCAAAAGUUACACGGCUUUAUUUUUCUUCGAUGAAAAUACAGCAUUAAGUGAAGCUGACGAGGAAAUUACAAUUUUUUUCUUGCCUGUGCUAGAGGCUCCUCUUGAAAGAAACGAACGACUAAAAAUGUCCAAACACGCACUUUUCAGGACGGCUUAGCAAUCCGACGUGUAGGAUGUCAAACUGUGUUGUUUCUAUGCGUAAACAAUGCUGUAAGAAGACAGUGCGAACGUAGGAAUGGCCUCUCGAUCGUAAAUAGCUGAUUUCAUCGAACGAUUGUUUAGUUCUCACUUUUUAUUGAUUUAUCUCAGCUGUGGGGACUAUCAGUUUUGAAAUAGAAAAAUGCACAAGAUACUUUUGGUGAAGAAAAAAUAUAUAUUUUGCUUUUUUGUCUCUGACUGAGGAAUCAGGUAAAAGAAACGGUAUGCAUCACACUUGUUGUGAGGUGCAAUUAAUACCCAGGAAACUCUUGCUUUUCAAUUAAAAUUCCAAGAAAUUAAAAUUUUUUCAUUGAUUGUCAUUUCAAUUGUUUAGCAGUUGUAGUUAUGACAUAAAACAAUUUUUAUAUUAUUAUUUAUCAGAUGGCUAGAGGAUCUACUCGAUCGCAUGUCUCGUCAAGUCUGCAUAAAACUGAAGUCGGCAAAAAUGUCUCAUCAGGAAACAGAAGAAAAAAUCAAGAGAGUGUUAAGACGCAUGGAGGAGCUACAGAAUUCUCAGAAACGUAUAUUUGACGAACUUAGUAAGCACCAGUCGAAAAUAUUUGAAGACAUCCUCAAGAAGCUGGCUUUGCACUUUAAAUCGGAGAAAACUCUCUCGAGCUUCUGCAAAUGGUCUAAAGAUGAAGUACCCAAACCCCUUGAAACAUGGUGGGAUACAAAGAAUGAGGUGUUAAAGUACGUCUCAGAGAGAACACACCAAUUUGUCAAGCAAUGGGAAAACGAAGAGAACGAAUUUGACAGAGCUCGAGUGUCGUUGAUCCAACAUUGUUGCAAAAAGUAUGAUAUAAUGGAGGAAGAAAUGCGCGAAGUAGCAGAAGAUUUUUUUUUCGUGGACGAGGUGGACGGCGACCUUCCACAGGACGAAGGUGGAGAAAAUUUGAAACGAUCUAGAGUAAGAGGAAGAUUGCAAACAAGUACUGCUCCGCCAUGGCUUCGGCAAGGAUUGGCAUCAGUGGUGAUAGGGUCUCCACUUAAAAUGCUCGGAACCAAACUUAAAAAGAAGCUCCACUGCAAAACCAAAAUGGACAGGUUCCGCGAUGACCCAUGUGCCUACAUGUCAAAGCGAUCACGGAAAUGCCUCAAAGUUAUUUGUGAUCGAGACCGCUUGCUUCCGUUCAUCAGUAAACAAUUUGAAGACGCCGUAUUGUACCUAAGACUGAUCAAGGAGAAGAUUCCAAAGCUGAGGGAAGGUAACGAGCUAAUCUAUCAACGGCUGCUUGAAGACGAGAGGGGCAGUACUGAGAUUCGGAAGAUCUACGAGCCUUUAAACAACGAACUGGAAUUUCUGAGACGCAAUGUAACCGUGUACACUCUGCGAGAGAUCAGGCAGUCGGAUUUCGCAAGAGAAGAGUUAAAGUGCGAUGUUGAAAAUGUUGAAAAUUCUCCAGAUUUUCAUUCAUUGGUUGCAGAUGUACAGUGACCCGCUUCAACCAUUUUGUAGACGAGUGUUUAGAUGGACCAUUUUUGGUUUCUAUCAGUUUUGACUGCAAAUGAUGUCUUGGUUAAAAAACGAUUGAAAUUUUAAAUGGCAAAUGAGGCUUUUAUCUUUGUCUUAAUCCAAACAUUGUCGGUUUUAUGGAACCAAUUUGCACCCGUUUGAUCGUCCUCGAUCUUUGUAUGCAGAAGAUCAACUUUCCCAUCCAGAGGAUUCACCCGCUCGAUCGUCGAACGGCAAAAAAAAAAGAUACCUGGGUGCAACUUUAUUUUAAAUCAAUGGCAGACAUUUUUUAAAGCUGGAAAAUGUGCUGGUAAAUGUGUAUUGAAACUGAUUAACAAGAAUGUUUGGGGCGAAACCUUUGUCGUGGCAUCUGGUGUUCGACACCAUGAAACACGACCUUGGAAUCAACCAAAAAAGCAGCAACGUCACACUAAGCCAUUUAUAGUUUCCCUUGUACAUUACAACUUUUGUGACUAAGUUUAACUUUUUUCUCAUUAUAGCUGACGCAAGGCGAGAAAGUGAAACUUGCAGAUGUGGGAGUAGCUAAACAUGAAAAAGAAAUAACUGGUACGAUGAUCGGAACCUCUCUGUACCUGGCCCCUGAAGUGUUUGAGGGUCGAGUCUACAACAGCAAAGCUGACAUGUUUAGUUUUGGCUUUGUACUUUGGGAAAUAUGGUAUGGUGAGCAAACCUUUCAAACGGCCAUGACAACCUGCGGAGUGUAUCAGCUCGAAAAGAUGAGACAGGGCUGUCGACCUGCCCACAUCGAAGGCACGAACCAUCCAUGGGAAAUAUGGGAGCAUGUCAUGACUAAUUGCUGGAAUGAAGAUCCACGUGCCAGACUGACAGCAAAAAAAGCGCUGGAAAGCUUUAAGGAGUUGCAGGAGGCUGAGAUUCAACCCAAACUGAAACCAGUACCGCCACCGAGGUCACCUUCGACACGGCCACUUUCAGCCAGCUAGGAGACCAAAUAAGCAAGGUGGAGCGUCUGUUUUUUAUUACAAAAAAGCAGAGGCGGAGAGUGUUGACUUUGAAUUAAAAGAAAAGAAGUAAUGUGGAGCGGACUGAAAAGAACAAUCGCUCUAUAUCUUAGUAUUCGUUCGACUAUAUUUAAUUUAGGAAGAGGAGGUCACAGAAAUUAGAGAUGUAACCAAAUUUUACUCAAAGCUCCUCAUGAGCUCCAGUGUAUACUAAUCAUUUUUUAAUAGCAGUUCGUGGGCGGCGUGGAUUACAGAUAGUUCCCAAAGGUAUAUCUAUUUAUAACUCGGAAACCGUUUCUUGAAUCGCUUGAAGAGAAGCUAUAGAAAUUUUUUUUAUUCCACUAGGACGUCAUUUUGGCUUUUUAAGGUAUCGGAGCGGCCAAAAUAUGCCAAUAAAUUACUCUGUAGAUCGGGGUCAAAAAUACGGUCAGAGAGUGGGUUUAGUAAACGAUCCGAACUGUGCCUUUGUUUUCCGUGUUUUUAGGCUUUUCUUCUUGGAAAAAUAGCUGUUCGGCGCAGCAGAUGUUAUUUCAUUGUGAAUACAUGAAACUCAUAGGUGAACUGCUAACUAUGUGAACUAUGUGAACUAUAAGAACUGUGAAAUGCGAGGAUCGCCUUCAUAUUUACAGAUGUUAUUGUUGGUUAUGGUUUCGUUUGUAUUGUUUCCGUCUCUCACUUAUGCCUUCUGGGCUCGGAAAAAAUACAACGCAACUCACAAAAUAUCCGCACGUAUUAUAUUUUAUGUGAUAAAACAAGGUGUAUCAUCCCAAAGUAAAUCAAGUUAGUCUAAUCAUCGAUCAGUACAAUGUCUUUAACUGUACAAAGAAUGAAUUAUAAACGUGUUAUAUCUAAGAAAUAGUCCGUAUACUGCAAUGCGACUGAAAUUCAGUGCUGUUAGGGCGAAAGGGCGUCGAGCCGAUGCAGCAAGGAACCCCUGUAACUAGACUUCGCAGGGAGACUUGGAAUAAAGUUUACAAUUCCGUAUAUCUAGUAAAAUCUCGGUCUUAAAUUUUAGUCAUUCGGCUAGGAACAAGAGUACUGAAAGACGAGCCUAUUUUAAAUAAGUUUGUUGGUAUGAAGCAGGAUUAACUAGUGUCAUCGAGUGACAUUCACUCUCAAACUUUAUCAUUACAUUAAGCAGCUAUAGCGAACAAUAAGUGGCUAAAAUCCAGUAAUAAAACUUUUAAACUAACAAUGAUGAUUUAUGUUCAUCCCGAACAGGAAAUCUCUCUCCAUACUGCAUCCUAAAUCGUCAAUGAUUUCCUAUUACUCACGAAGUGAUUCAGUUUCUGCUUUAGGUGCAGUCACGGGCGCGGUAAGGGUUUCAAAACUACUCACACAUAUCAUGAGUUGACAAAACAGAACGAACGCGUUGAAGUACUCUAAGUUUUCUAAAAGCUAUACUUGAUAUAAGGUCAUGGUUAAAAAGUUGAAACCUUACAAACACAUCGCUUUCCUUCAUCAUUAGUAUUCGAAAAGGGACAAUUAUUGUGGUUAGGGUGCUGCCUUAGGAGUUUAAUUUCUGAGAAUAUAGUCUGGUC